UAGGGGGCGUAGGGAGGCCGCUAGAGAGCAGCCGGUGUCUGCACAGAGUGUGCUGGCAGGAGGAAACGGAUCGUGGCAGAACAGAGAUGUAGUGCAGAGCUCUCUGGGACUCCCUUCGCCUGCCGCCUGUCACUCUCACCGGGGAUCGUUUGUCUGCCACUACCGAGGAAAUGGGAAGGAGCGGACGCAUUUCUCCGCAGAGUUAACGUCGCGCUGCGUGGACGUGUCGCGUAAUGCCACCGAGAGGAGCUGCCUUCGAGGGGGGAAGCGUCCAUGGGAGGUUUUGUGGGAGUAGCUAGUUGCUAGCGGCUGCGCCGAGUACUUCGUAACGUCCUCGUUAAGGAUGCUCCGCUGGAUACGACAACAGCUGGGCGUUGACCCUCCCCAUCAAAGUGACACCAGGACGGUUUAUGUUGCAAACCGUUUCCCUCAGCAUGGCCACUACGUCCCGCAGCGCUUUGCCGACAACAGAAUCAUCUCCUCCAAGUACACAAUUUGGAAUUUUGUCCCUAAGAAUCUGUUCGAGCAGUUCAGAAGGAUAGCCAACUUCUAUUUUCUCAUUAUCUUCCUCGUACAGUUAAUGAUAGACACCCCAACUUCCCCAGUAACCAGUGGCCUGCCUCUCUUCUUUGUGAUCACAGUUACAGCCAUAAAACAGGGCUACGAGGAUUGGCUGAGACACAAAGCAGACAACGAGGUGAACGGGGCUCCGGUGUUUGUGGUUCGCAGCGGAAGUCUCGUCCAGACAAAAUCAAAGAACAUCAGGGUGGGGGACAUAGUUCGUGUGGCUAAGGAUGAGACAUUCCCAGCUGACCUGGCCUUGCUGUCGUCGGAUCGAGACGAUGGAACCUGUCACAUCACCACAGCCAGCCUGGAUGGGGAAACCAACCUUAAGACUCACUACUCGGUGGCAGAGACGGCGGUGUGUCAGUCUGUGUCCCAACUGGAGGCUCUGCAGGCCGUGGUGGAGUGCCAACAACCGGAUGCUGACCUGUACAGGUUUGUCGGUCGGAUUACGGUGACUCAAGAUGAAGAGGAGAUAGUCAGGCCGCUGGGUCAGGAGAGUUUGCUGCUGAGAGGAGCCAGGUUGAAAAAUACCAGAGAGAUUUUUGGUGUGGCAAUUUACACAGGCAUGGAGUCCAAGAUGGCGCUCAACUAUAAGUGCAAGUCCCAGAAACGCUCUGCAGUGGAGAAGUCCAUGAAUACCUUUCUAAUCAUCUACCUUGGCAUCUUGCUGUUUGAGGCCAUACUCAGCACCAUCUUGAAAUAUGCCUGGCAGGCUGAAAACAAGUGGGACGAGCCUUUCUACAACCAGAAGACUGAACAAGAGAGAAACAGCAGUCCGAUCUUGAAGUUCAUCUCAGACUUCUUGGCGUUUCUGGUCCUGUAUAACUUCAUCAUCCCCAUCUCGCUUUACGUCACUGUGGAGAUGCAGAAGUUCCUGGGUUCCUUUUUUAUUGGCUGGGAUUUAGACCUUUACCACGAGGAGAGCAACCAGAAAGCUCAGGUCAACACCUCUGACCUCAAUGAGGAGCUGGGACAGGUGGAGUAUGUCUUUACGGAUAAGACGGGAACGCUAACUGAAAACGAGAUGCACUUCCGCGAGUGUUCAAUCAACGGAGUCAAGUACCGGGAAGUUAACGGCAAACUGGUACCGGAGGGAAUGAAUGACGACUCGCCAGAUGGUUGUACGCCUCAACUGAUUGGUGAGGAGUUGUUAUUUCUCAAGGCGGUGUCGCUGUGUCACACAGUUCAGAUCAGCUAUGACCAGCCAGACAGCCUCGGCGGGGGAGGAGACCCGUUCUCCCAUGCGAACGGUUUCUCCUCCAAUAACAUGGAAUACUACGCCUCUUCGCCGGACGAGAAAGCUUUAGUAGAGGCCGCAAAGAGAAUUGGAGUGGCCUUCACUCGGUGCAGUGGAGAGACGAUGGAGAUCAGAACAUUCGGAAAGUCAGAGAAGUAUAAAUUGCUCCAUUUGUUAGAGUUUGAUGCUGAUCGCAGGAGGAUGAGCGUCAUACUGCAAACUCCCUCAGGUGGCAAAGUGCUGUUCACCAAGGGCGCAGAGUCGGCCGUCUUACCUUUCACUACCAGCGGUGAGAUAGAAAAGACCAGACUUCACGUGGACGAGUUUGCCUUGAAAGGUCUGCGGACCUUAGUUGUCGCAUGCCGCCACUUCAGCCCAGAGGAGUACAUUGACGUGGACAAGCAUCUGAGCGCUGCUCGCACCGCGCUGCAGCAGAGGGAGGAGAAACUGCAAGAGGCCUUUAACUACAUCGAGAGAGACCUACAGCUGCUGGGAGCAACAGGGGUUGAGGACAAACUCCAAGAUAAAGUCCAGGAGACCAUUGAGGCUCUGCGGCUGGCGGGGAUCAAGAUAUGGGUGCUGACGGGAGACAAACAUGAGACGGCGGUCAGCGUCAGCCUGUCCUGUGGCCACUUCCACCGGACCAUGAACAUCCUGGAGCUUCUGCAGCAACGCUCCGACAACGAUUGUGCCGAGCAGCUCCGCAGACUAGCCAGGAGGAUAAACGAGGACCAUGUCAUACAGCAUGGGUUGGUUGUGGAUGGGGCCAGUCUGUCUUUAGCCUUAAGGGAGCACGAGAAGCUCUUUAUGGAAGUGUGUAAAAACUGUUCAGCGGUGCUCUGCUGCCGCAUGGCCCCGCUGCAGAAAGCUAAGGUGGUGCGUCUUUGGAAAACCUCCCCAGAGAAACCCAUCACUCUAGCGAUUGGGGAUGGAGCAAAUGAUGUCAGUAUGAUACAGGAAGCUCACGUGGGCAUAGGUAUAAUGGGAAAAGAGGGUCGUCAGGCCGUGAGGAACAGUGACUAUGCAAUCGCCAGGUUUAAGUUCCUGGCAAAACUUUUGCUGGUCCACGGUCACUUCUACUACAUUAGAAUAGCUACGCUUGUACAGUACUUUUUCUACAAGAAUGUGUGUUUUAUCACGCCACAGUUUUUAUACCAGUUCUUCUGUCUGUUUUCACAACAAACUCUGUAUGACAGCGUUUACCUGACGCUGUACAACAUCUGCUUCACCUCGCUGCCCAUCCUGGUGUAUAGUCUGUUUGAACAGCUGGUCCAUCCACAUGUACUGCAGAAUAAACCUGGACUGUACAGGGACAUUAGCAGGAAUUCUCUGCUGUCCUUCCGGACGUUCCUGUACUGGACUUUGUUGGGCUUCUGUCACGCCUUCAUCUUCUUCUUUGGAUCCUACAUCCUGAUGGGAGAGGACACAUCGCUUAUGGGCAAUGGACAGAUCUUGCGAGCUAACAGGCAGCUGAUGUUUGGGAACUGGACAUUCGGAACGCUGGUCUUUACUGUGAUGGUCAUCACAGUCACAUUAAAGCUUGCUUUAGAGACUCAUUUCUGGACGUGGAUGAACCAUUUUGUGACGUGGGGUUCUAUAGCCUUCUACUUCAUCUUCUCCCUUUUCUACGGAGGCAUCAUCUGGCCUUUCCUCCACACCCAGGACAUGUACUUUGUGUUCGUACAGCUGUUGUCCAGCGGCUCGGCCUGGUUUGCCAUCAUCAUCAUCAUCAUAACUUGCCUCUUCCCUGAUGUAGUGAAGAAGGUCUUCUAUCGACAUCUGCAGCCCACCAGCACACAGAAGAGUCAGAUGUAUUCCAACCGUGUGGCGAUAGGUGAUGACUUCAUCGCUCUGCAGCCUCUAUCCAGAGCCAAGAGCCAGCUGGGCAAAAUUAGAUGGAAGAGGGUGAGGGUUCAGUCGGCCCAGAAUAUGACCCUGUUAAAGCCCAGCGGAGCCCAGGGGAGGACAAUUGGCACCUGCUAGCUGCUUAUCCUCCCCCUGCUGCCUCCCGGCCCAGACCCCUGCUCCCCUAGGUAGUACCGUACUUCACUCCCAUUGUCCUUCUAUUGGGUGAAAACGACCUGCUCCUUCAGUCCUUCACCCAUGGCUAUAUGUCACGCUGCCCUUUUUAGUUCAUUUUUCUGUCUCCUGUAUGAAUGAUCUUAUCCUUCCCUACGUGGAUAUGACUGACCCCCGACCUCCCUGAGCCAACCACGCGUGUCCCCUUUCAUUGCUGUGCUCUCCCCGCUCACUGUUCAGUUCAGAGAGAGAAUGUUGUUGGCAUGCUAAUUUCAUUGUCCUUGCUGUAAAUGUGUUCAUUCAGCACAUCCCUCUAUCAUUAUUCUCCAUAUUGAAGGAUGCAUGAAGUACCAUUGUCCCCUUGUGAGUAUUUGAUAUCUUAUAUAACACUGUUGUGUUUACGGUGUGGUUUUAAGACUUCUGUUUUAUUGGGCUUUCACGAGCACCAAAGAUUAAAAUACUUUCUCAAGUUGUGCUACAUGAGGACGGCACGCAUUAACGCCAACUGGACUCUGUAGUUCGGAAGGUUUGGCCUCUGGGCUUCGGAUUGCUGCUGCUUCUCUAGAACAAAGGACUUUCACCAAAUGGCUCCUCGCAAACUUCCUUUUCUUGUUCCCCACUCUCGUACGGCAUUGGAAGUUUUAUUGCAACAUCAGUGGCGAUGAGAACAGCAUUAUCGCAACUGAUUUAAAUCAAUAAUCUUAAGAGCCUGCCGUGGCCAUCGCUCACAUGGUUGUACCAAUAUAGAUUAAUGGAUUAACACGGGUGGGAUACAAAUUCUUGCUGUCUUGCUGUAAUUGUUUUAUUGUACUUUGGACUGCAACUCUGUUUUGAAUAAUUCAUUACAGCCCACAACUUUUUUUUUUUCUCUGCUCAAAUGGGGAGUGUUGUUCUACAAGAACACAGUUGGCCUUUUUUUCCAAAAAGAGACAAAUUCUGAUAAACAACAACAAAAAAGCGCAUUCAUUAUCCGGCACACCUGACCUUGCCAGAAUGAAUCACACCGCCUUGUCUCUGUUCUGCUGUUGCGUGCCAAGAAGCAGACGUUUGGUUUCACGCCAACAGUGUCUCCAAUUUCUGCUGCAGAGGAAUGCAACAGCAGCGACGUGGCAUGGGACGCUCUGCGGGGAAAGAAGGUACACAAUGGGACUGAAUCGGGCUACGUCUCAGACAACCACGUCAAGGGGAAAAAAUGGGCCUCCAGACAUUGAACUGGCUGGAUCUUCAAGCAUUUUAGGAUGAACUUAGUUCUCCGUGUGCUGAUGUGACUUUAACUUCACACGGGUCCAAAAGUUGCUUUAUCUUAAUCAUCACCACAAGUAGCUCCUGUAGCUGAUAACAGCAAAAAGUCCAAAUUAAAGCUUUAUUCAUCGUCACUGUGGACCACUGAAGUUAGUCCGAGGUUAAUCUGGACUUAAAAUGCCCCUCUGUGAUGAGUUCCUCAAAGUUCUAUUUCAUCUUGAAGUGUCCCACCGGAGGCCACCUACAUUAGUGUAAGCGCACACUCUGUUCGUCUCGCUACUCGUCCCCACCCAACUGUCUCUCUCUCGCUCUCUCUCUCU